CUCUGUGCUUCUCGAUUUUUGUGUAUUUUGAUUUUCUCGUUUUCAUGCUCGUGGCUGGUAAACAGCAGAAGAGAGGACGGGGGAGGAAGAGGCCGGAGUUAUUUUCCCUUCCACACAUCACAGCAGCUGGACAGGCAAUGCGGCGUGAAUGUGUUUUCUGUAGGUGUGUGUUCACUUCACGAGGGGGUAUGCUAUACUACUGUAUGCUAUGCUAAAGUCCGCUUUAUAUAUUGAAAAACAAUCAUGGUGGCGUGUUUUUGUUGUUGUUUUUUUUAUUUGUCGUAUGGCGCGUAUACCUGAAAAACGACCCAAUCUCUGUCACAGUCGUCAUGAAAACAUAAGAAGUAAUCAAGGUUCCAGGAAGUAAUGGAGGCUGUGAGGUGUACAUAAGUAUAAUUGCAUAGAAAAUGUGCACCAGGCCUAAACUUAAGCUAGGCCUAAUCCAGUAUAUUUUAUAUACUGAGUUUGUACCAGCAGUGAUUUCCCUCUUUAUUUUUACUGAUGACGUAUCUUCAAUCGUUAGACGUUGACUGGCUAAUUAGCCGUAGUGUGGAAUUAAAUUGAAAAUUAAAUUCUAUAUUAUUAUAGAAUUACCCAGGUUUGUUUUUUCAUUGUAUUAAUAAAAGGUUUGUUAAAAAAAUCAUUUAAAUUUUCAUUUCAUUUAAAUGUGUAUACCUAAAUAACCACACAAACGUAGGUUGUAUGUAUUAUCAAAGUAUAAGUUGCAUGCUGAGAUGGCAGCUUAAUUAAUUAUUGUCAUUAUGUGAUGGAUUUAUAGGCUGCCAGGAGGGUUACAUUCACCGACCCAAUACAUUUCUAUCUGUUAUUCCAUUUCAAUUUCUACAGGAUGCUGUUUUUUUUUUUUUUUUGUCUUAUGGCCUGAAUCCAUAUGGGAGUUAAUCGAGCAUUACUGUAUAAUAAAACAAAUGCACAUAUGCAGUUGCUUCCAAAAGCAAACGUGACACUGAAAAUAAGAUAACUUUACCCUAUUCUUAUGUUUAGUCUAUGAUUUAUGUUUAAAAAAUUCACAGUGAACAUUCUGAAUAACUCAUUUGAGUAUACGUGUACUCUUUCAAACACAUAUUUCAACAUUUAACUUGCCCUUCAAUUAAUAUUGAAUCCAAAAACUCAAAAUGCAUAUCCUGAAAUUGUGUUACUUUUACUUUAACCUCCCUUCCCCCAUCAAAACCAUCACAAAACCCUGUGUGUGCUCAUUGGAUCUUAUACUUUGUACUCUUAGCAGUUACAUGAAGUAAACAACAAACAGCUUACAGCUUUACCAUGUGCUUAUAAAAAUAAACAUGUCUAAAAAUAUGUUCAUGCCUUCUUUCAACCCACCAUUAACUUCUAAGAAUAGUUACCACUACCAGGUUUAUUGUUUUUGGUGUAGAAUGUUGCAUGCACAUGUAGUGCCCUGUCAGCCAUGACCUCUGUCACAGUUUGUCCUUGGUACAAGUGUCCUGUAUCAGGCUUGCAUGUGUAUACCUUAAACAGCCACUGCUCUGUGAGCAUAACGUUUUACAGAUAUUCAUACUAUAAUCUCAAUGCAAAUGAGUUUAAAGGUAUACCUAUAUUAACAUGCUGUAAAGGUAUAUUUGCUUAACCGUUAGGCUCUCUUAACAGUGCAACUCCCUGUCCAAAGUAGGCAUGUAAAACAGAGGCGAUAUGUGUUUUGUGGGACUGCACUAAAAGACACUUGCACCAAAGUUGGCAAACUUGGCCUCUUCAAGAGGCUUAUAUGGUCAAUUCAUUAAAUAUGCGAUAAAACUCUAAGAAAAACUAAAAGAAAAUAAAUGAGGGGUUUGAGUCAUAGAGGAAGAAGUUGAUCUCUAUCUCUGAUCAACAUUCACUGUCCAUACUGUGUUGGCUUUCCCCACGCAGCCUUUUUUUUUUUACAGUUUAUCCGAAAUGUACCUCUUAGUUUAGACAAAAAAAUUGUAUAAACAUUAAAACAUAAAAGGAAUCCCAGGAAACACACAUUAAAACAACAAAGGAGUCUUUUGCUGUCAGACCAGCUUCUAUAAACCCCAAUCAACAACCCUUGAACUGAUCUUCAUUCAUAGCAUUAAUGUCUUGUGUGUACAAGUUAACAAAAUAUAUUGACAAUGAAGGACUUAUCAGUGUAUUGCAGGAAAGGUGACAACAGAAAUGAACCAGUUCUGUUAUUUGAGUGGGGUUGGAUGGCCAUGGACCCAUUCAGCCAGGUUAUCCUCAUUAUCUCGGUGACUAGUUUCUUCACCUUUCAAUGGCUCUUCCACAAGGUCAGUCCCUGGAUAUCCAGGCACAUCAGCCCGGGCUUUGCUGGCCUCAGUGACAAGCAGAAGGUGGAAUGGAACUCAAGGACCGUGUCCACCUUUCAUGCACUGCUGGUGGGACUUUUCUGUCUUUACAUCUUGUGUUUCGAUGAUGCUGUCAAUGAAGACCCAGUCUGGGGAGAUCCUACACUUGUCAAGACUAAUGUUGCCAUCACAACAGGCUACCUCAUAUCUGAUCUGCUGCUAAUAUUUUACUAUUGGAAGGCAAUAGGCGACAAGUUUUUUGUAGUUCACCAUCUGGCAGCGUUGUAUGCUUACUACUAUGUACUGGGCCAAGGAAUGUUGCCUUAUUUUGCUAACUUCCGUCUGCUCGCUGAGUUUUCUACACCUUGCGUGAACCAGCGCUGGUUCUUUGAGGUACUGGGUUACCCCAAGACCUCCGGGCCCAACAUGGCAAACGGUGUUGCCAUGGCUUUAGUCUUUUUCAUGGUCCGCAUCGCUGUCAUGCCGGUCUACUACAGUCGCAUGUGCGCAGUCUAUGGCACGGAGGCCUUUUACCUCGUGCCGUGGGGCGGCCGCGUAGCUUGGAUCUGCUCCAGCAUCUGCCUGGACAUCAUGAACAUUAUGUGGAUGCAUAAGAUCACCCGGGGCUGCUAUAAGGUUUUGCGUUCAGCUCACCGGAGUAAAAAAGUCAGCGCUCCUCAGGAGAACGGAAAGACAGACUAAAAGAUAGCAGGCUGCCGGUAAGAAGCAGUGAACGCCACAACAGAGCAGGGACGACGUCACUCUUAGCGCAAUGAUAAGCAGUUUGGACUUUCAGAAUUCAAGCUGCUACAGUAGUGGCACAUUAGAGACUCGAGACAUUAUUGACCUGAAUGUGAAAAAAGGGAAACGGUAAUAAAGCGUGGGUUCAGUGACUUAAGAUCCACCCAUUCAAGUGGUCGUCCCUAAGCCAUGACACGACGUCUUAGCAAUACUCUGUGUGCAUGGCCUCUUACAAAUACCAUACAACUUCACAAAAGAGCUUGUCCCGGGAUAAUGGACCGUUAGCCCAACCACAAGUUGUCAAGAAGUUUACCGUUAUUUACAUAUUUAUUGCCCAACAACCUUUUUUUUAUUUGCGUUGCUGACAACAACAGAAGCAAAAGAGUUGAAGGAACCACGAACAACACCUUUCACAAUAUUGGUCAGUGCCAUACAAUUAUUCUGCCGUCCCUAAGGAGGAGAAGAUUUAAGAAUAUGUAUUUUUCUUCUUAUCAUCUGUCAAAGAGACUUGACCAAGAACGAAUGAAUUCGUCACCUUUUCACACCAUUUACUUGAGAAUAGAUUUAAAUUUAGCCUUUGGUGGGAGUCUACGUUGAAUGCUUAGCUUAUGUGACGUGGAUUGAGGGGUAUUUGUACUGUGUACAGUAUAUAAGAUGUGUACAUGCGGGAUAGAGGAUAAUAGAGGCACAAAUGAGAGACAAUUUCAGAGAUGGUCACCAUCUGGUUUUAGUAGUGUUGCUUUGUACCACACAGGGCUUCUUACCAGUUUUCCUGUAACGUCUAUGGUCACACUUGAGAUAUUUUAGACUUUUUUUUAUGUCAGUUCGAUAUUAUCGAGAAGGGAAUUGUUUGCAGGCAAUGUUUGUGGAGUUUGAAAUUCAAAAUGCAAUUUGGUGAACGGCUUCAAAAUAUUUGUUUUAAGACAUUUAAAAAUGCUGAAAGGGGAAACUGAAUGUCAACACUGUGUUUUCACGCUGACCUUGUAGGGAUAUCGUUUGUAAAACAGGCAAACGGUAAAAGUAAACAUUUGUAAAUACACAUGUUUUUAUGUGUAUUUUCAAAUGUUAUUGCUUUACAUGUUAUGUAAAAAUGUUUUGCAAAGCUACAUUUGUAUUUUAUGUUGUACAUUGUACGUUGUUGUUAAAUCUGAGCUGGUGAAUGUUGCUGACAUUUGAUUAUGUACACUUAAUUUUUCAUAUUCAUAUUUUUAAUAUAUAUUCUGAACCCUUAAUUUGUUUUCUCCCUCGCUCCCCAUCACCAUACAGGAUGAUGGGGUUUUUUUAACUACUUAGUUUCUUCAAAUUUGAAUUUGCUGGAAAAUUAAAAACGGAUUAAUUUGUCAUUCAAAAUAACCAUUAACAAUUAAAGAACUAAUGCCUUACAUCGGUAGUUCCCAAACCUUUUCAGCAGCACCGACCUUUUGGUAAAUAGCACUGUUGAGCCCGUCGACACGUUCAGUGUAAUUCCUAAUUAAGGAUAUUCUCACAGUAAAAGGAAAUGAAGUAAUUAGUCUGUUCAUUUUCCCCAUUGUGGGACAACAAAAACAAUUCAAAUGAAAUGAAAUUAACCUGCUGCACUCCCCCUGCAAUAACAAUGUGUCCCCCAAAGUAGACCCGCCCCCCACAUUGGGAACCACUGCCUGGUUCGACUUCAUCACCAGAAUUCACAGAGAAUGUACAAAGACCUACUUGAAUUUUUUUUUGCACAGGUUUGUGAAGCAGACACAGGGAUCGCUCAUUUGCCUUGCAAUGUUUAUUUUCUUAAUUUUGUCGCCUUGUUAAUGGGACUCUGACGGCACCGCAAACUUUUUUUACUCCUCACAGCACUGUGAUUUACCUGCGUGUGUGUUUCAUUUUAUUUUUGUUUGUUUUGUUUGUCUGAUUUGGUUAUUGAUUGCUUUUGUACCAGAUAGUUUUCAAAUUGCCUGUUUUGAGGAUUUUGAUUAUUGUUUGCAAAUUUGAACUUUUAAAAUGUACAUGUGCCAGUGCUUGAGCCAAUAUUGCCACUGAUUUCUUUAAUUGUGUUUAUACGUCAAUGCCAACUUCUAAAAGUGACUGUUUUGGUUCAUAUAGGUUGUGUUCACGAUGCAUGCAGAGAAAAAAAUGUUGGCUAUGGUUUAAUUUACCGUAUUCACACUCGUGUGUUUAUUAGGAAGGUGUUCAUCACAAAUUAUUAUCACUGCCUCCUAGAAAAAAGCCAGGCAGCAAACUAUACAGUUCACAGUGCAUGGUCAAUAUGGUCUCCAUGCAUUCUCUAUAACUGCAUGUUCUAUUGCAUGGGGAUUGCACUUAACAAACUAGCAUAUACAAAUGUUACUUUCUUUAGUACAUACUUAUAAUGUUUAUUUGAGCAUUAUUCUUGUGGAAAGGAAACCACAGGAGAUGAUGAUGAUGAUUAUGAUGACGAUGAAUUAAUGAUGUUAGGAGAACAUUUGAAAUGCAGAUGUUGAGUGAACUACCAAGCACUGAGGAAAACUUGAACUCUACACAAACUCUACACAGUUUAUGACAACCUGGGCAGUGCAAAUAAAACAGAGUACAAUACGUUGAUA